CAAAGCCCCAAUGAGGUUCUGCUUGACUGUAGGCCCUGCAGAACACACAGGAUUUGUUAAUAACAAGAAGAUUAUAAGUCCUGCUUUAUUAAGUGUUAUCUGAAGAAGAUGGAGGUGAGGUUUAAAGAGCCGAAGGCAGAAAUGGAGGAAAUGACGAUAUGGGAGCAGCAUACAGUGACGUUAAACAAAGAUCCCAAGUUCGGUUUUGGUUUUGCUAUCUCAGGCGGAAGGGACAAGCCCAAUCCAGUCAAUGGGGACCCAGCCGUGAUCAUCUCUGAUGUGCUGCCUGCCGGCCCAGCUAUGGGCAGGCUACAGAAACAGGAUCAGAUAGUCAUGGUGAAUGGGGUAACCAUGGAGAACACCACCUCACAGCAAACCAUUCAGCAGCUUAAGAGCUGUGGCAAAACAGCCAACAUUACGGUGAAGAGACCCCGCACAAUUCAGGUCCCAGCCAGCGGCAGACCCACAAGAGCUUCUUCACAAUCCAACCUUCUGGAUAGCGAGCGGAGACCCCGGCGUGGGUCAGACUCGGGGUACGGGCGACGUCCUCGGAGUACCACACCUGAGCACAAUGGCCACGACCUGCCACUUAUGUCCGGUUUCAAGAGACUGCCCAAUUUGGAAGCUUCAGAAAAACCCAUCAGAGCCACGCUAGUGAAGCUGAAACCUACAGAUGAGUACGGGAUGAAGUUAGGAAGUCAGAUUUUUAUCAAGCACAUGACUCCCACUGGUCUAGCUGCUAAAGAAGGAACACUGCAAGAGGGAGAUCUUGUUCUCAAGAUUAAUGGAAUGACUACAGAAAACCUCUCAUUGCUGGAGACCAAGCAUCUGGUGGAAAAGUCCAAAGGUAAACUGACCAUGGUGGUGUUGAGAGACAACAGGAAGUUCCUGGUCAGUAUCCCUGAGGUGGAGGACAGCCCUCAGAACAGUGCCGAUGAGAGGGGCGGCAGCAGCUCAGAGCUGGAGGAAAUUUCUGACUUGGAUACGGACAGCCCCGCUCGCAACCGGUCUCGUGCACCAACCCGAGAACGUCGCACUCGCAGAACCUGGAAUGAGGCUCCUUCCUCAAAAAAUCGUGACUCACCCCAGUUGCGCUCCAACAGAGCACAGCCACCUUCCUAUGCAAUCCCUCGUCGCAGAGUCUCAUCUGAUUCAGAAUCAGACCACAGCAAAUCCCCUCCUCCAGCUAAACAUGACAGCAUUGACACCAGAGACCGGUACAGAGUGCUCUCGGGAGUAUCGGCACUGCCUAAUCCUCGAGCUUCUCCUGUCAACUGGAACGCACCUCGCAGCUCCUACUCAUUGCCACGGCCACGCAAAGCGGUUUCUGAUUCUGACUCAGACCCCACUGCCUCUUCACCACCCAGGAGGGAGAGUCCCAGGACUGACACUCACUCCAGAUACAAGGUGCUCCCUGAUCUUCCCCAGGCUGGCUUGAAGGCAUCUUCCCGCAGUCGCUCCCUGGACCUCCUCAGCCAUGGCUCCUCCCCUUAUAGACCCUCACCACGAGAUGAUUCUGCGUCAGAAUCCGAUGAAAGUUUAGGAGCAGCUCGGAGACCAGGAGCGAUGUCCACCCAGGACUCGCGCAACAGAUACAGGGCCACACCUGAGAUAGCGCUAGCCCCUGUGGUCAUGGCCCCAAAAUCAUCACCCAUCAAGAGAGGUCCGUCGCAGUCUGAGUCAGAUGCAAGUUACCCAGUGGCUCCUAGCCCAGUUUCCACAAAUAGACACGAAGUUGUUGCUCAAAGUCAAGUGUCAUCCGUUAAAAGCAAACGAGAAUUUCGUCCCAGAGCUCCAUCAGACCUCCCUCCCUCUGAGAGAGCUCCUUCUCCUCCAGGGAGAUCAGGCAGCACCGGUCACGACAGCAAUCACAGUUUGCCAGAGGCAGAUGCUACGCUCCGAUCUGAAUUUUCACGAUCCAACCAAAUCAGGCUGAAUGCAAAGCCUCUAGAAGAGCCUCUUUACUCCCUCCCACCUGAUGCAGGUCCUACACCUAACAUGGGUUAUAGCUCGGACCAGAAAAUGGUGGGGUUCGUUAAGGAGGGCAGUAUGGGUCUGCGGCUUGUAGGAGGCAAUGACAUUGGCAUCUUUGUCGGUGGCGUCCAGCCUAACAGCCCUGCUCAGAAAAGUGGUAUGAGAGAGGGAGAUCAGAUCCUGCAGGUCAAUGAGGUUGAUUUCAAUCACUUCACCAGAGAAGAGGCUGCCAUGUUUCUUAUGAACAUUCCUUCUGGGGACCGCAUUGACAUGCUAACGCAGAAUAAAAUGGACAUUUAUAAGAAGGUCCUGAAGUCGAACCUGGGAGAUUCCUUCUACAUCCGCACCCAUUUUGACCACGAGCCAGAGGACAGCCGCGGCCUGGGAUUCACUCGCGGAGAGGUUUUUCGUGUGGUGGAUACAAUGCACCAUGGGAAACUGGGAACUUGGUUGGCUGUUCGGAUGGGAACAAACCUUUACGAGAUGGACAAGGGCACUAUACCCAAUCAGAGCAGAGCUGAAAAGCUAGCCAUCGCUGAACAAACUCAGAGGAUCCAGAUGGCAGAACGGCAGGCCUCAGCUCCCAGAGCAGAGUUUUGGAAACUGCGGGGUCUCCGAGGGGCCAAGAAGCCUGUCCGAAGAACAAGGGACGACCUUCUACAGCUGACCAUCCAGGGCAAGUUUCCAGCAUAUGAGAGAGUUGUGCUGAAGGAAGCCAACUUUAAACGACCGAUUGUCAUCAUGGGCCCUCUAAAUGACAUUGCAAAUGAGAAACUGGCUAAAGACAUGCCUAAUGAUUAUGAGGUGGCAGAAAUGGUUUCCAGGGGUGGUGAAGAUGCACCGUCUGUCAUUAAGCUGGACACCGUAAAAAGAAUAGCAGAGCAGGAUAAGCACCCUCUACUGGACAUCACACCCACUGCAGUGGAGAGACUCAGUUACAUCCAGUAUCACCCUAUAGUGCUGUUCCUGGAGCCGCACAGCCGCAAAGAUGUGAAAAUUAUGAGGCAGAGAUAUGAUCCCAAUUCUAAGAAAAGCUCACGCAAACUGUACAGUCAGGCUUUAAAGCUGAAGAAACAAUACAGCCACAUUUUUGCUGCACACAUCGAUCUGCAGCCUACUUCAAAUGUUUGGUAUGAAAUUCUUAAAGAGAAAAUUCGACAGCAACAGUCUAAGCCUGUCUGGGUCUCAGAAGUGACGUUGGAGGGAGGUGCCAAUGAGGACCUAGACGUGUUCAAUCGCAAUGAUUCCUCCGACUACCUCAGUGGUGCCAGUGACUAUGAGGACACAGACGGGGAGCCCUACACUGAUGGCGAGGCUUACACGGACAACGAGGACCUGGAGGAGGAGAUUCCCAGCCAGCCAGACUCAAACUGGCGUCGAAGCUCAGCAUUGGCUCGCUCCUCUGAACCAGCCUCACGGCAGACACCCAGCCUUGAGCCUGAGCGCUACUAUGAAGAGGAGGAAGAGGAGGAAGCAGAGCAUGAGUACACUCUACCCCCUCAAGAGAUACCUCCCAUCCACAUUAACCCUCAACCCCAAGCCUUACAACCAAGGAAUGCAGCAUUCAAAUCCACACGGAGUUACACAGAUUCAGACUUCAGUGUCGAGCCUGAGCCACCUACCACACCCACCUCAGAUGGACCUCCAGAAUUUAGGGCCCCAGAUCCCAUGGACCUCCCUCAUGAGAGCCCACCACCAGCUUCACUGUCUGCCAUAGAGCACAAACUCCAACAGACACGCAUGGCAGAUGCACCAAAGGGCCCUGUGGUUGUGUUGGCACAUCAUGAAGCAAUGUUGAUGCGAAGAACCCAUAUCAGAGGCAGCAACAGUUCUGACACUGAUGAUGAUAAUGCUGAUGAUGACGAUGAUGAUGAUGAAGACGCUGAUGACAUGGAGUGGGGUCCUGCCACGGAGCUUUAAUACACACAGACUUAAAGAUAUAUGGACCGCCACAUAUGUGGAUAUAAUGUGAAAAUCAUUUUUUCUUUUCUUUUCGUUUUUUUUUUUUUUUUUUUACUGUCAUUGUCCUUUCCUCCUGGACCUGUUCUGAACACUCUUACUGCUGGACCAUUUUGCAUGCAUUGGGGUUUUUUUAGGCCCUGUACCAUUGGACAUGUCCAAUGUAUAUUUACCUGCUGUAUUACAUUACAGCCAUGUUUUUAUUGUGAACUGUUUUUAAAUAAAUGCAUUUAACAAAACAUUUCACCGUCAGUAAUAUAUUUUUGAAUAAUUCAUGUAAUGGUUUCUUUAUGUACACGCAAUGUCCAUUAUGAGGUACAGUAAACUCACUCUGUAAAUGCAUUUACAUUUUGUAAAUGUACCAAUGAUGACUGAAGCCCCUCAGUUGCUAUGCAACUGUUAUCUAGAUUAUACCUAUAAUAUUUUUAUUGAUGUACUGUAUUUGGAAAAUAGUGAAUGGUGGCUAUGGUUAAUCCCUCCCAAUGUAAAGCAAAAUUACCACCCAGACCCCAGAAGUUGCUAAUUUCCCAAUAACCUAUUCCAAAAUGUUUCAUUCCUCUUAUA